AUGGCCCCCCGCAGAGGUGGAGGAGGAGGAGGCUCCAGUGGUUGGGGUUACGACGAUUCGUCUCCUUGGAACCAGGACUACUCGUUCUCUUUCAAUUACUAUCCUGCUGUCUUCAAGGGAUCCAUAAAAGUGACCUUGAUUUUCGACUUCCUUCUCCUGAUAGCGCUCCUGGCAUUUCUUGUCUGGUCCUUCAUUGCCAACAAGCCCAUAAGGAAGUCUCAAGGUCUGCCUUUGACUGCGCUCAUUACCUCGAUAGUUUUUUAUCUCGUUGACGACGCUCUCGAUAUCGUUCACCGGUUCUUCUGGAUCCUCGAGGUUACCGUGAAGCAGAGCUGGGUUGUCAUGUUGAUGAUUCAGAGAAUCUUCUAUCUAGUGGCAUUCCUCUUUCUCUUUUACGCCUUUUACCAGAUCAUUCAGACAUAUCUCAAGCGCAUCGCAAAUGGGGCAAAGGCGUUUACUGCAGUCACUUUCGUCCACUGGGCUGUUUUGGCCAUCUUGACAGCGCUAUCCAUUACGGAUUUCUCCAUGUAUAUUGCACUUCAAGUCAUGUUUGUCAACAGUGACUCCGACGUGUUCGACCUCAGUAGUCAUUACGCGAAAGUUACGGGUUCUCGCUCGAUCCUCUACUGGGUGGCCUCGCUGGAGAUCCUCCUGUGGGCGGCCUUUAUUUCCACCAAAUCCAAUAUUCUCCGACAGAGCGGCAAGACUGGAACUAUUGCCUUCGCGAUUGCAAGCCUGUUCUUCUUCAUCGUCAACAUUACCAUCAUGAUCAUCGAUAUCCGAUACGACAUCGAAGCAGACUUCUUGCCAUGGUAUAUCGCAGCCCGGACACCCGAGACUAUCGUGCAGUCCUUGUGCACUCUAGGUAUAUACGGCGGCCUGCUUUUCUGCUGCAGUCAAUGGACUGCGCCUGCUGCUGGGUACCCUGAUAUGUACCAGGCUCCUAUGCAGGCUCCCAACCAGCAUAUGUCGUCUAGUGUAGUGCAGUCGCAUGGCAGAUAA